AUGGGACUGAGGCACUCGUCGCGUUGUUUGCUGCUACGGCGGAAGAUGGCGGAGGCGGACAGCUCGGAGGUAAGGGACAUUGCGCGGCAACAGCCUGUUACGUCCCCCCUCUCUGAGUCUGCCCAGCCCUCCCCGCUGCCGAAACCAGUGCCUACUACCCACCAUGUGCCCUGCAUCCCGCAUACGCCUCAUGUAGCAGCCCUGGCCACCUGUCCUGGUCGAGGCAAGAUUUCCAAAUUCAUCAGCCCGGAGGAAAUGACAUCACGGGACUACUACUUCGACUCGUAUGCCCACUUUGGCAUCCAUGAGGAGAUGCUGAAGGACGAGGUGCGUACGCUGACCUACCGGAAUGCCAUGUACCACAACAAGCAUGCGUUCAAAAACAAAAUCGUCCUGGAUGUUGGCAGUGGCACGGGGAUCCUCUGUAUGUUCGCCGCCAAUGCCGGCGCCAAACACGUGUAUGGGAUUGAAUGUUCAAGCAUAUCCGAAUAUUCCGAGAAGAUUAUCAAGUCAAAUCACCUCCACAAUGUCAUCACCAUCUUCAAGGGCAAGGUGGAGGAGGUGGAGCUGCCUGUGGAGAAGGUGGACAUUAUCAUCUCGGAGUGGAUGGGCUAUUGCCUCUUCUACGAGUCCAUGCUCAACACCGUCAUCUUCGCCAGGGAUAAGUGGCUGAAACCUGGAGGCCUGAUGUUCCCUGACAGAGCAGCUCUCUAUGUGGUAGCCAUUGAAGACAGGCAGUACAAAGACUUCAAGAUACAUUGGUGGGAGAACGUGUACGGGUUCGACAUGAGCUGCAUUCGCAAUGUGGCCAUCAAAGAGCCUCUGGUGGAUUUGGUAGAUCCCAAGCAGGUGGUGACUAACGCCUGCCUCCUAAAGGAAGUGGACAUCUACACUGUGAAGCCAGAGGACCUGUCCUUCACAUCAGCCUUCUGUCUGCAGAUCCAGCGCAACGAUUACGUCCAUGCCCUCGUCACCUAUUUCAACAUUGAGUUCACCAAGUGUCACAAGAAGACUGGCUUCUCCACUGCUCCAGAUGCUGCCAGCACACACUGGAAGCAGACAGUGUUUUACUUGGAGGACUACUUAACUGUCAAGAAGGGAGAGGAUAUCUUUGGCAGUAUUGCCGUCAGGCCCAAUGAGAAGAAUGUGCGUGACCUGGAGUUCACCCUGGAGCUCGACUUUAAAGGACAACUAUGUGAGGCCGCCAUUUCCCACGACUAUAAAAUGCGCUAAGAGCAAAAAACCACCGACCACCCACCCUCAGCCCCUCUCGACACACUCCGAGUGUGGGGGACGGCGCAGGCUCUCCAACAGGCAUUCCAGUUGGCCGGCGAGGGCGACCAGACGCAUCUGAUUGGAUGCCGUCAUGCCAGCACCCAAGUGAUGUCAUCAGAAUAGGCAAGUAUCUAUCAGCAAUAGUGCCAUCACCUGUACCAACUUGAUGGACUCAGGCACAUCGUUGAAUGUAACAUCCUAAAUGAACUUGAUUUUCUUUUUUUUCCUUCACUGAUUUCUGGAGAUUUUAUUAAUUUUGAGUGUAAAGGAGUCUUUAUAUUGAUAGUGCAGCUAAUUGAAAAGCAUUGAUCUGCGUGAUGUCAAGAAGGUCACAGCAUAGUCAUCAUCUGUUUUUCCUUUAGUCAUUUGUUAAAAUGUAUUGCACUGUGUAAUUGUUUAGAGGGUGCAGUAAUUAAUUGUGUUUUAUUUGUUAUUUAUUAUUUGCAAUUUCUUUGCUUCAUUGAUUUCAGAAAGGUGUGAAAUGUAUUGUUAUUGUUUUUCUUUAAUUGAGGAUAAAUCAGAACAAAAUGUACUUUGGUGGCAGAAUAAAACAGAACGCCUCAGAACGGCAACAAACACAGAUG